AUGAGCUCCAACAAGGCUUUGAUCUUCAAGAAGGUUCCCAGCGGAUAUCCCAUUCCUGGGGAAGAUCUUGCUACUGAACCUGCCCUAUACGAUGCGAACGUCGCUCCCACCGAGAACGGUGUUGUUGUACAGUCUCUCUAUGCUAGUUUCGACCCUUACAUGAGGGGUCGCAUGAGGCCUGCAGCCAAAACUUCAUACAUUCCGGCAUACGAGCUGAACAAACCGAUUGACAGCUUCGGGAUCGCCAAGGUACUCCGCUCAAACAAUACCACCUUUAAGGAGAGAGACCUGGUCAUUGGCCAGCUACCGAUCCAAGAGGUUAUCUCGCUGGAUGAGAGUUUAAUUGCCAAAAUUCGCCCCCUCGAAAACCCCCUGGGCCUUGAAGACAUCCGUGUUUUCCUAGGCGCCCUUGGUAUGCCGGGUCUGACCGCAUUUUCAUCACUUUAUAAAAUCGGUGAGCCUAAGAAGGGCGAAACAAUCUUUAUCUCUGCUGCCAGUGGCGCCGUCGGCCAGGUUGCCGGCCAGCUGGCCAUGCACGAGGGCCUAAAGGUGAUUGGUAGUGUGGGCUCGGAUGAGAAAUUGGAUUAUAUCUUGAAUGAGCUUGGCUUUGAUGGUGGUUUCAACUACAAGAAGGAGUCCCCUGCGAGUGCCCUGGCUCGACUCGCUCCCGAAGGGUUGGAUAUCUAUUAUGAAAAUGUUGGUGGCGAGCACCUGGAAGCUGCCAUUGACGCCAUGAACCCUUUCGGCCGCAUCGUCGCGUGCGGAAUGAUCUCGGAGUACAACAGCACUCCUUAUCCGAUUAAGAACCUGCACAGUGUUGUUUCCAAGCGCAUUGCGAUGCGUGGCUUCAUCGUUGCGGACCCUGGUUAUGGGGAUGUCUAUUUCGAAAAACUUCAGAAGACGGUUCAGCCUUUGAUCAAGCAAGGAAGCUUCAAGGCCCUCACUCAUGAAACCGUUGGUAUUGAAAAUGCAGCUGAAUGCUUGGUGGGUAUUUUCCAUGGUAAAAACAAGGGCAAAGCUGUCCUGAAGUUCUGA